GUGCAAAGCAAAGUAUCUUCAGUGAUUGCUGAAGAGGUUGAUGGCAGUAAUUACGAUGUCUAUCCGGAUAUCAAAUAUGAAUGGUGGAACCCAAAUAUGGAUAUUAACGCAAAAAACUACCUGGAUGCAUGGGAUGUAUUAGAAUAAAUUACCGCUGAUUUGCUCUCCACAGAUCAACAGCCCACUUCACUGAUGAGGUCCAAGACACCCAUAAGAGAGGAGGACUGAGCAGGCCCCUCGCCGGCACAGCUCUCCUCUGGAGAAGCCCAGGUGCAACAGCAGCAGGGGCAGCUUUUCCCCAUCCAAGUCCCUAGGACCCUAUCGUCCUAAACUCCACAUUUCCUGUCUUAGUGGGACCCCGCGAGCGUUCAAAUCUGUUUCUCCAACGCUUCUACCAAAAACUCAGACUGUUUCCCAGAGCAGAAGCAGCGGUUGGGCCCAGCUGCUCCUCCUCCCAGGGGGAAGCCAUGGGGAGCGUGCGAAGCCACCGCUACAGCAUUGUCUCCUCCGAGGAAGAUGGCAUGAAGCUGGCCGCCAUCGCCGCCGUGCCCAACGGCUACGCCAACGGCACGGUGGCCAAGGUUCACGCGGCGCAGCAGCAGGCUGUGAGCCGCUUCGUCCAGAAGGACGGCCACUGCAACGUGCAGUUCAUCAACAUGAGCGAGAAGGGCCAGCGUUACCUUGCCGACCUGUUCACUACCUGUGUGGACAUCCGCUGGCGAUGGAUGUUGAUCAUCUUCUGCCUGUCCUUCCUCCUCUCCUGGCUCUUCUUCGGCUUCGUCUUCUGGCUGGUAGCGCUCUCCUACGGCGACUUGGAGAACGAGACGCAGAUGUGCGUGUCCAACGUCAACAGCUUCACCGCCGCCUUCCUCUUCUCCGUGGAGACGCAGACCACCAUUGGCUACGGCUACCGCUACGUCACCGAGGAGUGUCCCGUGGCCGUCUUCAUGGUGGUCUUCCAGAGCAUCUUCGGCUGCAUCAUCGACGCCUUCAUCAUUGGCGCCGUCAUGGCUAAGAUGGCCAAGCCCAAGAAGAGGAACGAGACGCUGCUCUUCAGCCACUACGCCACGGUGGCCAUGCGGGACAGCAAACUGUGUCUGAUGUGGCGCGUGGGGAACCUGCGCAAGAGCCACCUGGUGGAGGCCCACGUGCGCGCCCACCUCCUCAGGUCGCGAACCACGGCCGAAGGCGAGUAUAUCCCCCUGGACCAGAUGGACAUCGACGUGGGCUUCGACAGCGGCGUCGACCGCGUCUUCUUGGUGUCGCCCAUCACCAUUGUCCACGAGAUUGACGAGGACAGCCCCUUGUACGAGAUGAGCAAGCAAGAGCUGGAAACGUCCCAGUUUGAGAUGGUAGUGAUCCUGGAAGGUAUGGUGGAAGCCACGGCCAUGACCACCCAGUGCCGCAGCUCCUACGUGGCCAGCGAGGUUCUCUGGGGCCACCGCUUCGAGCCAGUCCUGUUCGAGGAGAAUAACUACUACAAGGUGGACUACUCGCGCUUCGAGAAAACCUACGAGGUGAGCAGCACGCCCCAGUGUAGUGCCAGGGACCUGGCCGAGAAGAAGUCUCUGGUCUCUUGCUCCAACUCCUUCUGUUAUGAGAACGAGGUGGCCCUUGAAAAAGUGGAGAUGGAGGAGACGUUUGAUGAGGAGAAAGAGGAGGAUGGGGAGGAGAAGGAGGAGGUAAAAAUGGAGGAUCAGGGUGCUAUUGAGAACGGCAUUGAGAAUGCAACACUGGAGGAGACAAACACAGACACAGUCUCUGUACAUUCUGAACACAAUCAGGAUACCAGGAGUCUGACGAUGCCUUCAGAAGCAAGGCCUCUAAGACGAGAAUCAGAAAUAUGACUGCAGAGACGUUAGGGGGGAAAUACUACAUGAAAUACUAUUAUGAUAGGUUUGACCUUUGCUCCUAACGGCUGUCUGUACUACUGCAGGAUGGCUUGACUGUGAGGUGAGUGUCAUUUUCUGAGGAAGAUACUCAGGCACAAGUGAAUACAGAAUUAACAGACCAGAGAAAAUGAUGCACUAUUAUUUAUUCUCUUCACACAAGUCCCUCAUCUGGUGGGAGGCGAUGGUAGAUUGACUGAGAGGAGUUGAUGGCUCUUCUGGCCCGUGGCACAAUAGGAAUGAGACGGGUUAGGUAGCAUUUUAUACUGUGUGUGUGUGUGUGUGUGUGUGUGUGUGUGUGCGUGCGUGCGUGCGUGCGUGCGUGCGUGCGUGCGUGCGUGCGUGCGUGCGUGCGUGCGUGAGCCUUUGAAAGUAGCAAGAGAACAUUAGAAAUUUGGCACAUUGAGACAUUCCACAUUCCAAAAAAUAUAUAUACCUAUACUUUAGUAGUAUUACUAUAUUUAUUUACUGUAGUGUUUUUGCGGAUUUGACUGUAGCAUACUGUAGUAUUUACUAUAGUAUUUUUGCAGACAUUAUUCUAGUAUAGGGUAUUAUUUACUGUAGCGUUUUUGCAGACAUUACUGUAUUAUACUGUAGUAUUUACUAUAAUGCUUUUCCAGAUAUUACUCUAGUAUAUUGUAAUAUUUACUAUAGUGUUUUUUCAGACAUUACUGUAGUAAACUGUAGUAUUUACUAUAGUGUUUUUGCAGACAUUACUGUAGUAUACUGUAGUAUUUACUAUAGUGUUUUUGCAGACAUUACUGUAGUAUACUGUAGUAUUUACUAUAGUGUUUUUGCAGACAUUACUGUAGUAUACUGUAGUUUUUACUAUAGUGUUUUUGCAGACAUUACUGUAGUAUACUGUAGUAUUUACUAUAGUAUUUUUGUUUUAUUCCCUUUUUUAUUCUCUUUUGUUAUAUGUGGUCUAUCUGUGGCACUAAUUGGGGUGUGGGAGGGGAAUGUGCAGGACAUAUGCAAAUUCAAUAUUAGCAUACCAGUACAACAAAAAAUUAUAUAGUAAGCACUACAUCAGGCUUCCCCAACUAGUGGCCCACGGGCCAAAUUUAUUUGGCCCCCCAAGUUUUCAUUAUUUAGCAUUUUCAUUGUUGGACAUAAAAGACUGUAAAAACACCAGGAAAUCAGUUACAAGUGAUUUUUAUUUCAGAAAUCUGUUGCCAACUAUUCCCACGCGUAAUAGACACAUGAUCCUAUACAAAUAUAAGCAACGUUUGAAAUUUUUAUGUUUUAGUCAAAUAGCAUAUAUUUUUGGGCUUCUUGCGACCAAUUUGCUAAUUAUUUGUAAUUAUGUUCUGGCCCCUCAACCUUCUGCUCAAGACAAAAUCAGCCCGCGACUGAAUUUAGUUUAUGGUCCUUGCACUACAUGAUUGAGGGAUACUACAGUGUAUAGUAUAGUAUUCUACAGUAUACUACAAAAUUCCGUAGUAAGUACUACACGAUCAAGGGAUACUACAGUGUAUAGUAUAGUAUUCUACAGUAUACUACAAAAUUCCGUAGUAAGUACUACACGAUCAAGGGAUACUACAGUGUAUAGUAUAGUAUUCUACAGUAUACUACAGUGUGGAGUAUAGUAUUCUACAGUAUACUACAGUGUGGAGUAUAGUAUUCUACAGUAUACUACAGUUUGCUACAGUUUAAUCGCUGUAAACGCUACAACCAAAGAGAUGUUUCUAUUUGCAUAUUUUGUAAAUAUGAGCUGCCCUGAUAUUUUGAAUUAGCUUAGUGAAUUAGCUUAGUGUUGUUUACUUGGACUAAUUCAGGGUGGCUGGAGAGGGAUAGUGUUCGUAGCAGGGAAGGAGUGCUGUAUUCCCAGUCAACCAGCCUGUCCUGUUGUGUUCUCAACCUUCAAAUAGCGGUGGAAAUAUAGGAAACGUAUGUUAUCCAGAACAAAAAGGGAAGGGAUCAUUUUCUUGUGUAAAAGAUUGUGUCAGUUAGAUGCCAAGAGAUGUAGCUACAGCAUGUAGUUAUUUUCUCAAUUGUACUGUUGCACAGUUUGACAAUCUAAAAGUAUACACAGCUUAAUCUCUGUACAAAAGGUAUAUUACAUUUUUCACCCUUUGAAAAUAAUCUUUGAAGAUUACAUGUAAUACCACUAAUUUGGCCACAGUUUACCAACAGGUAGUCUUCCUCCAUGAAAACAACCCCAUUUAUGGUGUGUGUGUGUGUGUGUGUGUG